CGUCCCUUUCGGCCCCGCCUGGUGAGCCGCCUCUCAUCCCUCCUUCCUCCCUCCUUCACCCGAGGCUUUAGGGUUUCCCUCCCUUUCUCCCCGGUUCCACCUCUCCCAUCUCACCGGAGUAUCUCUCCGGCGGUGUACUGGGGCGCAGCUGGACAGGGCAGGAUGUCCCCGGCGCUAGCACUGAGGCGCGCGGCCGCGUGGCUGCUCCGAGCAGGCGCCGGCGCGCCGAGGGCCGGCGCGCUGCCGGGCCUGGGCGGCGCCCGGGCCCCGGUGCUCGGGGAGGCGGGCCGGUUCCUCGGGAUUUGGGGAGGCCCCGCGGCGGGUGGCGGCGGUGGCGCCGGGUCCUGGUGGUUCCGGUGCGCCGUGAGCAGCGUGCCCAGGCCGGGCCUGCUUGUGGAGCAGCUGCUCGUCGGGGGCGUGCGCUCCUUCGCCACCGGGGCUGCCCCGGAACAUGUGUCCUUCAGUGCCGCCGUCCGCGAAGAGGGCGAUUCACAGUCUGAGAAGCCCGCGGUCACCUCAGAUAAGAAUAUGUUAGGGGAUAGGUCCUUGAAGCUUCUUUCAGGGUCAUGUUAUCUACCGCAUCCAGAUAAGGAAGACACUGGUGGUGAGGAUGCACAUUUUAUUUGGGAUGAACAGGCUAUAGGAUUAGCUGAUGGUGUUGGUGGUUGGGCUAGCUAUGGUAUCGAUGCAGGUCAAUAUGCUAGAGAUAUUAUGUCUCAUGCAGUAACUGCAAUAGAGCAAGAGCCUAAAGACUCUAUCGAUCUUUCAAGAGUAUUAGAAAAGGCCCAUCGGAACACAACCGUGAAAGGUUCAUCUACUGCAUGUAUCGUUGCUUUGACAGAUCAGGGAAUACAGGCAAUUAGCCUUGGUGACAGUGGCUUUAUACUCAUAAGAGAUGGCUGCACAUUGUUUAGGUCACCUAUACAGCAACAUGAUUUCAAUUUCACCUACCAACUUGAGAGUGGCAACUCUAGUGACUUGCCUAGUGCUGCGCAGGUGUUCAUGGUACCCGCUGCGUCUGGUGAUGUACUGGUUGCUGGAACAGACGGGUUGUUCGACAACCUGUACAACAACGAGAUAACAGCCGUGGUGGUCCACGCGACCCGAGCUGGCUUGGAACCUCAAGUGACAGCUCAGAAGAUAGCGGCGCUGGCACGGCAGCGAGCCCAGGACAAAGGCAGGCAGACGCCGUUUUCGAGCGCGGCCCAGGAAGCCGGGUACCGGUACUACGGCGGGAAACUGGACGACAUCACCGUCGUGGUCUCAUACAUAACUGCUUUCGGCACUUCACAGCCGACGGAUUAGAAGAGACGCCACGCAUCCGUCGUCUGAGGCGCCACCUCCUCCCUCUUUUUUGUUCUGUAGAUUCCCACUGCUGCCUUUCUAGUUUCUGUUUUUUCUUACUAGACUGUAAAUCUAGCUGGAUGCUGUAUUGUUUGUAAGUAUCUCCUUGGGUGAGUUGCAGGCAGUAAACCGUAUUCUGGAAGAAGAUAGUAGACUGGAAUCAAAUAUAGCAUUCUCUACUGAUGACAGGGAUGCUUGGCGUCGAA